AUGGGCAAACGACAAGCUUUGCGUACUCGUUUUGGUCUUGAAGAAGAUUGUAAUGAUUGUUUAGCAACAACAUUUUGUGCUCCAUGUGCAAUUUGCCAAGAAGCACGUGAACUCAAAUAUCGUUCAGCUGCUCCUACAGUAUCAGCACCAAUUGUAACACAACCAAUUGGCACAACUAUGUAUCCAGCAUAUGGACAACAAGAAAAUAUGCAACCUACACGUGAACAACCUGGAAUGAUGAAACAAGGACCAUAUUAA